CUCCUACUUUACUCUUUACCGCAUAAUCUACUACUCAUCCGAACCAUCUGGGUCCAUUACUCGACUAGGCAUUGGGCUUGCUACUUAGUACCGCACGCACUUAACUGUACCUUGCCUCCACGCCUUGUGACCCUCACGCCCCCUGUGUCAUCUUUAGAUGAUAAGUCUCGAACCCCAGUCUUCGGAGAUCCUUUACAUAUUCCUGCAGUCAUCAUCCACGGAUCCUAUCCGUGCUUGAUACUCCAUAUAAUCUAACCAUCGCCCUAUCCCACCAUCCCGUCUUAUCCUUCUAGCCUCUCACCUACUACUACUAUGUAUGGUUAUAUCACAUACCUCCCUCCUCACACUUUCAAUUGACCAUCCACCUCUCAGUCCUAUCUUUCAUACCCAAGUCUUCUAUCCCUCUCUCUCCUCUCAACAUCUCACCAUCUUCUCAAUGGCCGACUACUGGCAACCCCAAUCGUCCUUUGCGAACCCUAGCUGGGUUCAAGGCAACCAGUCAUGCUGGCGCUCUUCGACAUUUCGUGACUUGAUCCAUGCUUUUCCUAAACCCAAGCGGACGGGUCGAGUGAUGAAACCCCGCAGCGCUGGGAACAGUCCUUCGUCUGCUGGCAGACGGCGCACAGCAACCAUCCCUUACAGUUCGCCCAUGUACCAAGGCUACCAGGCUCCCGUCAACACUGCCUUUGUAGCCUCUGCACUUGUCCGAACUGGCCAGAACCGUCCGACAAGUUGGCAUCCGGCUUUGGAGCCUGUUAGCUAUCCUACUACUCAGUAUGUGCCAGCAACUACGGCGUUGGACAACUUUGCCGCCAUUGGCGUGUGCCCUCAGCCAUUGCCUACUGCCUCUGCAUCCUUCGACAACUCUUCCAUGAUGUCAUCCUACACCUCAACAGAUAUUCCAUGCUCGGAUUUGGGAUUCCCUUCCCUGCCUGACGCACAGCAUCAGAUUUCUCUCCAACAAUCUACCAUGCUGCCGAUGAGCGAGCCUCAAAUUGAGCCCGUCUCCUGGGACACCAGCGCUUCAACCUUGUCGGCAAUGGCAGAACCUAUGUCUGACUGCUACUCUUUCGACAUGUCAUCCAUGCACAACAACAUCCCUCCGGUCUACGUCGCAGGUUCGAGUUAUGAGAGUGUACCGUCGUCGGGUUGCUUGACUGGCCCUCCUACGCCUGACUUUCUACCUAUUCAGCGACCUGAUGACGACCUGCAUUCGCAGGUAGAGUCCUUGCCAGAGAAGCAGAACGAGGAUGAACUCGUCGGAAUGGGUCUCUACAGCAACCCGGAAGCUUCGCUGGGAAACUCGCUCUUAGGGCUUUCCGGCAAGGGGCUGAAGUUGGAGGAGACUUUCACCCCGUCUUCCGACAAUGAAGCCGAAGACCAGGACGAUGAAGAUGACCAGGAUGAUGAGGACGAUGAUGACGAACAAAAUCAGGAUGAGAGCCCCGUCAACAACAAGGGCACUGAUUCGAACCCUAAGCAGCCUGAGGCUGAGACUUUUCAACAACCGAUCAAAGCACCUGGCAACAUGAUGCAGAGAUCCUUUUUAUUUGAUGACGACGACCUCGAGCAGCAUGCCGUGGUCGAUUCCCAGCCAUUUAUCAACAUGGCUAGCCAACCCUGUAUGAAUUAUGGUUAUGGAUGGAUUUGAUUCCGACACUGUCGCAUUUACCGCCCUUGAUUAUUGCUCUUUUCGGUUUUCGGGCUACAGCAUUGCAUAGCGUGGAGUUAUUGUUUCGCGAGGCGUUUUUAAUUUAGCAUACAGUACAGGAUACCCAGGGAGGAUUGGUCGAACUCGAAAUGCAUGUAUUAGACACCAGUGAAUGUAACAAUUACGAC